AUGAACAUCCUUGCGUGGCUAAGCUUCGUUCUGCCCAUUGUUCGCGCCGGCUACGCGCCCAAGACAGUGCCUUGUCCGACAGCGGCCCUCGUACGCACGACUGGCUUGACGCCAAGCCAAAGCUUGAGCACCGAGGAGACUGCGUACAUCCAAGCGCGACAAUCAAGCGUCCUGCCACUGCUGUGGUCGCAAUACACCGAGGCGACCAGCACGGGCUAUGCCUCCGCUCAAUUUGCAAAUAAUUGGCCAAAUCUGGGUAUUGCUGUCAGUGGAGGAGGCCUUCGGGCAGCUCAAUUCGCCGCUGGUGCUCUUUCUGCUUUCGACAAUCGCAACGCAAGCGCCGUAGCCGCCAAAACAGCUGGCGUGCUUCAAUUGGCAUCGCGUAUGUCAGCUUUGUCCGGAGGCUCGUGGUUUCUCACGUCGUACCUUUCGCACGAUUUGCCGUCUUUGCCUGCCCUGGUCUUCGGUGACGACAAGAUCUCCGGCUGGCAGCUCGACGUACCCCUCACUUCGCCUACUCUGCAAAAGCGCUCAUUGUUUACUGCUGCCACGCACUUUCUAGACAAAGCCGGCUGGUAUCGCGCGAUGUUCGCUGAUGUGGCAUCCAAGCUCGCUGCAGGCUUUCCUGUCAGCAUCACCGACUUGCUUGCACGUGCCCUCCAGCGCUUCUCGCCCAACGACGCAGACCGAGGUGCAUCCGACACAUUUUCGACCGCUCUCAAGGUGACAUCAUCAUAUUCAAGUCAUAGAAUGCCUUACCCGAUCAUCGUACUCAAUGUCCUGAAAGAUGGUCAGAUCGCAACAAACGAGAGUGAUCCGAUCUUCGAGAUCACGCCUAGCGAAUUUGCAAGCUAUGACAACGCAGUGAGCGCAGCCAUUCCUACCAGAUAUCUCGGCAGCAAGAUGGACACAACAGGCAAGCCAAUCCGCUGCGUGACCGGCUUCGACAAUCUCGGCUUCGUCGCAGCUUCGAGCGCGAGUCUUCUAAUGGAGAAUGUGCAAAGUGACCUCAAGUCCAUUCCGCUUCCUUCCGGUCCACUUGCAGACGCUCUCAGGGCACCUCAAGCCUUGACGGCGCGCUAUCCGAAUCCUUUCCGCGGGAUCAAUAUCAAUACAAACCAGGAAGCAGAUGACGAAGUCUUGUCGAUAGACGAUGGAGGCAUGAAUGGCGAGGUGAUCCCACUAUGGCCUCAUUUGAUGCGUGCUCGCAACACGGAUGUCGUUAUUGCGCUCGACGCCUCGACGGGCGCAUCGAGCACCACAUUUCACCCAACAGGCGACUCGCUGUUCGCGGCAGCCAAUCGUGCGCAAUUGUUGAACGACCAGGUCUCAUUUCCGCCUAUGCCGUCGUCUGUCGAUGCAUUUGUCAAGGCAGGCUAUGCUAAUAGGCCGACAUUCCUGGGCUGCGAAAGCAAGUUUGUAGUAAAGGCAGGUGACACCUACCCGUUGAUUGUCUACAUCCCUAAUCGUCCGAUCGGCACUGGCACAACGACAAAUUACUCAGCCUUUGAUCUACAGUACACCCUUGCGCAGCAAACUGUCUUUUUCGAUAGCGCGCACGAGAUUGCGCUGAGCGGUAUACCAGGCGCAGACGGAUCACGCGACGCUCAGUGGGGUGUAUGUCUGGCCUGUGCUCUGCUUGAUAGGGCGCGCGCAAGAGCCAGUGUGCCUCGUUCGCCGGUCUGCUCAGCUUGUUUCUCACGCUACUGUGCGGUCGUCUAG